GCUCCGGGCCAGGCUGGAGCUGCACGGAGCAGCAGAGGCAUUCUUCCAAGGUAAUGAUUAAGCUAAGCGUCUGGCAAGGGCAUAGGCAGCAGAGCCAGGAAGGUGAGCCCUAUUCACACCUCAACCAGGCCGUGGUGGCCAAGACUGGUUUGGAAGGCAGGGCCCCAGGGCACGGGGGCCCAGAGCGGACAGCCACAGCCUCCCCCUGCACACGGGCAUCAAGGAGCAUCUCAGGCCGGAGUCUCUGCUGCCUGCCCUACUGGGACCCUGCCCUCAACCCUGGCACCAUGAAGCUGCAAAAGUUCUGGACUGGUCUGGAAUACACCUGCCGGCUCCUGGGCAUCACCACCGCUGCAGUGUUGAUCGGCGUGGGCACUGAGACCUUCCUCCAGGGGCAGUUCAAAAGCCUGGCUUUCUAUUUGCUGUUCAUAGGCGCUGCUGUCUCCGUGUGUGAAGGGGCGUACUUUGUGGCUCAACUGCUGGCCAUCUGCUUCCAGUGUCAACCAGAGUCCCUGGCCUACAGAGCAAGGGAGAAAGCCCGCUGGUUGGGCUGCUUCCAGAAGUUCCUGGCGUACAUGCUGCUGUCUGUGGCCUGCUUUCUCCAUCCCGUCCUGGUCUGGCACGUGACCAUCCCAGGCUCCAUGCUCAUCAUCACUGGCCUGGCCUACUUCCUGCUGAGCAAGCGGAAGAAGAGCAAGGCCUCCCCGGAGGUGCUGGCCUCCUCGGAGCAGUACACGGACCCCUCCAGCAGUGCCGUGAGCACCACCGGCUCUGGGGACACCGAGCAAACCUACACCUUCCAUGGGGCCUUCAAGGAUGGGCCCGGCUCCCUCUUCGUCCACAUGAAGAGCAUCCUGAAGGGGGCCAAGAGACCCGGUGCCCUCCAGUGCCCAGACACCCUGACGGGGCUGACCUUGGAGCCAGCUGACUCGCUGGUCAAGAAGAAGCAGGUGCAUUUUGAGGACAGUACAGUCAGAAUCAUCCCGUCUCUCACUGAAGACCUGGAUGAUGGGGACAGCGAGCCGGAGGAGACCACCUCUGACACCACCCCUAUCAUCCCUCCCCCACACGCCCCUAUCUUCCUGCCUUCUCUCGCAGACACCAGCCUGUUCUGAGUCGCUCCUUCCAGCCUGAGGGACACUCAGCAAGGGGUCUUCAGAGAUUGACGGCCCUGCCUGGAGUUUCCUAAUACCUGAGGAACUCCCAGGAGCUGGGGGUCGUCACAGGUCAGGGCUUCAUGGCGUGACCAGACUUCCCCACAGUAGUUAGGCUUCUGGGACCAUCAAGGGGCCUGGCAGAUCCUUGAGGAAGGCGCAAAUGAAGCUCGCGCUGCCUCAAGCCAGCACAGGUUCCUCCUUCCUGGACAUGGAGUGGGGAAAUUCUGGUGCUUUCCCCGAAAGAGACCAUCAGUCCUGCUUCACAUAAGGCUGCUUUGGCCCUGGAAGCCAGUGGGCUUCUCUUCUCCAGACACGAGGACCCAGCACUCAACAAGGACUCAUCAUCCAUCCCAUCUCUUAUGCAACAACCUGGCUCUGAACAAGCCCAGGGGAGUGUUGGUUAUGAGCAGAUCCAAGGCAGGUGUUGGAGGUAGCCCUAGAUCUCAACCCCCAGGCGAGAUUGCUCCCAAGGUAGAGGGAAGACAAGGCUGCCAGCCCUCAGGAUGCGAGCAGCGGGAGCCGUGGGCCGCCUUCUCUGUGUGUCCUGGGGCUGGGUGCUGGGCAGCAGGAGAUACAGAGCCCUUCAGGAAACAAUGCCGCUCUGUGCUCCCUGCAGGGAAAGCCGGGUUCAUUCCAGAAGCAUCACUGAGGACUCCUGGCAUCCCCACCACAUGAACUUUCCCGAGAUUCCGAGCAGAUGACGUAAACCAAAAGGUCUUGGAUGGCGACAAGGAUUCAGCAGCGCCGGUCCCAGCACAGCACCCAGUGUCUACAGUGUGCAGGGAGGGGGGCGGGGGGUACUGGGGAGGCGGUGGUCCCCAGACACCAGUCACAGAGACACGGCCACACCAUGCUCAGCAGCCUGGUGGCAGAAUAGGUGAUAAAUAUACAUUUGUUUUAAAUGAAGGGAGGGAAGAGGAGGGAAAAGGGGGUGGAUAGGAGGGAAGUGGGCAGGCAGGUCAGUUUUGGGACACUGGGCGAGGGAAGUGACAGUUAACCUAUCAUGAACAAAGAAAUUUCAAUCAGAUAUCCUUCAAAGAUUUGUGAAAUGGUAUUUGUUUCUAAAAGGUGUCUUUUGGUUCAUGGGAUUGUCACAAGGAAGAGCAGACACAUUAUUCAUAAAUAGUCUCAGUGAAAGGGUAAUCUGAAGAAACAGUUAUAUUGUUUCCGUGUGUGUGUGUGUGUGUGAGCACCAGGGUUCUGCAGAGCAGCCCUUAGAGCACAUGCUUGAAGGUCUAGAUAAGAAACAUGUGUUCAUACUUUUCAACAUCCCCUAGUAGUUCCUUCGCAAAUGUGGGGGACUAAGGGCCAACCAGAUGAUCUUUCUGGUGCCUGAACCCAACAGGUUUCCCAAGUGAGCAGCUCUCUUCCCGCAGUAACCCAGUUCUCCCGUAAAACCAAGUGAGAACAAACAAGUAAAUAUGUUCUUGUGAGCCCUCGAGGACGGCUGCCACCAAGAGCUUCAGAAUCUGCCAGCCCACAGUCAGGGGAGACCGAAUCACAGAAUGUGGGUAUUAGGAGACAGGAAUGGCACCCAAUUCCUAAUGGGCCCGGUGUCCUAGGCAGGACCCCUGUGCACAAAAGGAGCCCCUGUGGAGAGGAGCCAGGGGUCAUGCACCUGUCACACCCAGAAGGGGAAAGUGAUGGGCACAGACAGCCACACAACACAGGAUUGGCAGGCUUCUGGGCAACUCAACACUUCCACUCUGUUCUCAGAACUCAAACCAGCCCCGUGGGGAUGAAUGACCAGGUCACAAGAAGCAAAUGCUGAAGUGUAUUAUCAGAGCUGUUUAAUAAACACUUCUGUAAACCCAGAGUAGAGCAUUGUUUGGGAUGGGUCUUAGCAGGGAGGCACGUGUUGGGAAUUCCAGGGGAUAUGAUGGGCCUGUCCUCCUGAGACAUCUGGGCUUCCUGGUGUCCAUGAUCAGUGAAGCAAGAGUUUGUUGACUAGACAUCAGAAGCUCAAUAAUUAUGAUCUUCCCUAACUUAGCGAAGGAAAGCUCUCCAGCACGCUAGUGCUUCCAACCACAGCAGCUGCAGCGAAGCUGGGAUGAGAUCCUUAGACAGCCUGGAGCCCUCAGCUCUGUCAGUAGACCAGACAAGAAAAGUGGCAUCCUCUGAUGAGCAGAUGAAUGCCACAAGUCACCUUUUGAUCCUCAGCCCAAGACACUUUGCAGUCAUAUCCCUGUGCACUGUUAUCCCAGAAAGACGUGAUGACCCUUAUCCCUGAUGAGAAACAAAGACCAGAAGGGCUGAUCCUGUCCUCUCCUUUUCCCUUCCUCAGGAGAAAGUGGAGCAGACGUUGCAUAGACGUGGAACAGAGCGACUGGAAGUAGAAACAGCCUUGGGCUGGAUCACUGGCUCUGCUCCUAACACACUGAUUGACCUUGACCAACCUUCUUCACCCCUCUGGUCUCAGGUUCCCCUAUAAUGUGGGAAUAACAGCACUUCUCUCAGGACUGUCACAAUGACUCAACCAACAAAAAUGGAGAAAGAGCUGCCAAGAUUGCAAAUCACCCAGGUCGGUGUGAGUGCCUGUCCCCGUAGCUGUGGGGGCCUCACGCUGUGUGUGACUGCACCGUGAGAAAGUCCCAGAGUAAGGAAACACUGAGGAAACACCACCAAAAUAUGUCUUGGCAGCAUGGCCAGUGAAGGUCCAAGAGCUCCUUUCGUCCCUCAGGAUUCCAGUGCUUGAGCCUGAGAAGAGCAUAGCCACCAUCCACCAGCUUAGACAGAGACACAGGGGACCCUCAAUCAAGAGGAGCUGGGCCACCCAGUAUGUCCUCUCUGUCUCUCAUCAGCCCUAAGGGAUUGUUUUUUUAGUUCUUAAAAUAUAUUUAUUGAGAUAAAAUUCACACAGCAUGAAAUUAACCAAUAUAAAGUGCAAAAUUAAAUGGGUUUAGUAUAUUCAUAAUCAAGUUCACUACAAUCUAAGUUCACAAUAUUUUCAUCACCCCCCACAAAAAAAACACUUGGUAUACAUUAGUGAUCACUACCCCAACCACACCCAAAGCAACCACUAAUCCACUUUCUGUCUUCAUAGAUAUUCCUAUUCCGAACAUUUCAUAUAAAUGGAACCACAUAGUAUGUGGCCUUUUGUUAUUUGCCUUGUUCAGUUAACGUAAUAUUUUUCAGGUUCAUCCAUGUUAUAACAUGUAUCCUUUUUUUAAUAACAUGUAUCCUUACGUUACUCCUUUUUGUGGCUGAAUAAUAUUCCAUUACAUGUAUAUGUCACAUUGUAUUUAUCUAUUCAUCUGUUGACAGACAUUUGGGUUGUUUACACUUUGUGCCUAUCAUGAACAAUGCUGCUAUAAACAUACACGUCUUGGGGUGGAUACAUAUUUCCAUUUCUCUUGGACAGAUGCCUAGGGGUAGAAAUUCUGGGUCAAAUAGUAACUCAACGUUUAACUUCUUGCAAAACUGUCAAACUGUUUUCCAAAGGUGCUACAUCAUUUUACAUUGCCACCAACAGUGUAUGGGGGUUCUGAUUUCUCCAGAUCCUCACCAACAUUUGUUAUUAUCUGUCUUUUUUAUUAUAGUCAUCCAUUCAUUAUGGUUUUGAUAUACAUUUCCCUAAUGACUCAAGGGGUUGAGCAUCUUUUCAUGUCAUUAUUGAUCAUUUGCAUACCUUCUUUGAGACGCCACGUGGCUAUUCAAAGGCUUCACCUUUUUAAAACUGGGUUGUCUUUCAAUUUUGAGUUGUAAGAGUUUCCUAUACAUUCCAGAUACUAGACCCUUACCAGAUAAAUGAUUUGCAAGUAUUUUCCCACUUCUGUGGGUUGCCUUUUCACUUUUUGGUAGGGUCCUCUGAAACACAAAAGAUUUAAUUUCGAUGAAGUCCAAUUUAUCUAUUUCUUUUCUUCUGUGGCCAAAUCUAAGAGACCAUUGCUUAACCAAAGGUCAUGUUUUUUUUUCUUAUAUUUUCUUUUAACAGCUUUACAGUUUGGGCUGUUAAAUUUAGAAAUAUCAGUUUUGGGGUAAUUUUUCAGCAUGGUGCGAAAUGGAGUCUAUAACUUAAUUCUUUUACUUGUGGAUAUCCAGUUGUCCCAGUGCCAUUUGUUGAAUUAAAUUAUUUUGCCACCUUUGUUGAAAAUUUAUAGACCAUAAAUUUCUGCACUUUUAACUCUAUUCCAUUGAUCUGUGUAUCUAGCCUUAUGACAUUUCCACAGCUCAGAUCACUGUAACUAACUUUGUAGUAUAUAUGUUUUGAAACUAGGAAGUGUGAGCCCCCAACUUUAUUCUUUUUCAGGAUGCUUUGGCUAUUCAAGGUCCCUCACAUUGCCAUACGAAUUUUAGGAUCAGCUUGUCAAUUUAUGCAAAAAAAAAAAAAAAAAAAAAAAGGCCAGCUGGUAUUUUGAUAGGGAUUCCAUGGCCUUCUGGACCAGUUUUGAGAGCUUU